AUGUGGUGGUGGACGGCGCUGGAGUCGGUGACGUACUGCGGCUGGACGUGGCCGACGGAGGCCAGCUGGGACGCGGAACGCGGGGAGUGCGUGUUCGCCUCGUCGGGCCGCAAGCUCUACUACCUGCUGGUCACCGUGGCGCUCUUCUUCCUGCCCGUGGCCAUCAUGCUGACCGCUUACUCUCUCAUCGUGUGGCGCCUGUGGAUCACUCAGAUGCCCGGAGAGCGCAGCGCUGCGAACAUCAACGCCCAGUGCCGCGCCAAGAAGAAGGUGAUCACAAUGGUGUGCACGGUCCUCAUCGCCUUCGUCAUCUGCUGGAUGCCGCUCCAGGUCAUCGUGCUCUACUCGCAGUUCGGGGACUCAAAACAACGAGAUAAGGAGAUGCCGGACUGGUUCAACGAGGCGUCGUCAGUGGCCACAUACAUCGCUUACUCCAACAGCUUGCUGAACCCUAUCAUCUACGGCGGCUUCAACAACAACUUCCGCCAGGGACUCUGCACUGUUCUCCAUUGCUACAUGCGCAGGAAGCCUUCGCAGCUGCCGCGUGCUAGCAUUCACUCUGCUCGGAUGGACAAGUGCCAGCGGGCGUGCAACAAGUCCCGCUGCACCGUAUCCAGCUUCCGGAACCACCACAGCUGCCCAGUCCCCUGCGGUGGCGCUAAGACCCUGGUGGGGCGCCAACGCUCGUACCAGGGUUGCUCGGAGCCCGGCCGACCCGCCAGCUGGGCUGUCGGACGACUGGUCUACUCGGCUCAGCGCGGCCGCGCCGCGGACGCCGACCAGCCGCGAGAAGCCGCCGCCGCCGACGCUGAGCACCGCCAGGGGGCCGCAGAAGAGGAAACCUGCAUCCAAUGUCGCCACUGCCACAACAACGCUGCCGGUGGCGAGCCAGCCUUCGGAGCCCCGGGCGCUAACGGAAACCUCGCCUGAGCGGGCCUCCACGGCGCGCGUGGUGGUGCGCAGGAAACCGCUCUUGCCGGACGACCGCUCGCCACGAGAGCGCGUCAUCGCACCGUCCCUCGAACCGCACGCCAGCUCUGUGGUCUACGAGGCUUCUGCGCAAGC